CUCCUCGCCGCCGCCUCUCGCGCCGUCCUCGCUUCUCCUCUGCGUCUCCCAGGUAUCAGAGCGGACGCUGUAGGGCCGGGACGAGAACGGUGCGUCACCCCACCCCCCAUCUCCCCCCACUCCCCACGGGGCGUCCUCCACCCUCCGCAAACCGGAUCUAGCACAGGGGCACCGGAGCACGGCCGUAUCCAUCCCGGAAGCCCAUCUCUUGCAAGUCUCUCAGAGUUCCCGCCGGUCCGGGUGCGGGGCCUGCCGUGGCUGCCGUGGCUGCUGCUCUCUCACAUGACAGUCAGCAAUGGCGUAUCCUGCAACGCGCGCUCGCUCACAGGCCAAGACGUAUAUACAAGCACCUGCUCACACGCCAGAUCUCAUCAGCCCCCUCCAACUCUCUCCAUCUGACAUCGACUGGACAGCAUGGACUCGAAGCACGUCAACGUCAAGCUCCCGGCCGUCAUCCAGGACCUGCCGGCCUGGGCACCGUUCGCCGCCGUCGCAGGCUGUGUCCUCUGGUACUACCUCUACCCCUACUUUGUCACCUACGGAGCCUUGCGCGACAUCCCCGCCCCCUUCCCAGCCCAGUUCACAAACUGGUGGCUGUUCCUCGUCGUGCGCCGCGGCGACCGCUAUGCCACCGCCGACCGCGAGCACAAGCGUCUCGGCAAGAUGAUCCGCCUGGCCCCAAACCACGUCUCCAUCGCCGACGACUCGGCUAUCAAGGCCAUCUACGGCCACGGCAACGGUUUCCUCAAGAGCGACUUCUACGACGCCUUCGUUUCGAUCCGCCGCGGCCUCUUCAACACCCGUGACCGCGCCGAGCACACGCGCAAGCGCAAGGUCGUGUCGCACACCUUCUCGCCAAAGUCGGUCCGCGAGUUCGAGCCCUACAUGCAGGAGAACCUCCACCUCUUCGUCAAGCAGUGGGACAACCUCAUCGCCAAGGAGAAGAUGAACCCCAAGUCGAACGGCCAGCCCAAGGUCGACUGCCUCGACUGGUUCAACUUCCUUGCCUUUGACAUGAUCGGUGACCUCGCUUUCGGUGCUCCCUUCGGCAUGCUCGAGGCCGGCGCCGACAUCGCCGAGCUGCGCUCGACCCCCGACGCCCCCGCCACCUUUGCGCCCGCCAUCGAGAUUCUCAACCGCCGCGGUGAGAUUUCCGCUACCCUCGGCGUGUUCCCCCAGAUCCGCCCCUACGCAAAGUACCUCCCCGACCCCUUCUUCUCCAAGGGCAUUGAAGCCGUCCAGAACCUCGCCAAGAUCGCCAUCGCCCGCGUCAAGCAGCGCCUCGACAACCCGCCCGCCGACGCCCGUAACGACCUCCUCUCCCGUCUCCAGGAGGGCCGCGACCACAAGGGCCAGCCUAUCGACCGCGAAGAGCUCACUGCCGAGGCCCUGACCCAGCUCAUCGCCGGCUCGGACACCACCUCGAACUCGUCCUGCGCUCUCCUCUACUACGCGACCAAGACGCCCGGCGUCCUCGCCAAGCUCCAGCGCGAGCUCGACGAGGCCAUUCCCGAGGGCACCGACGUCCCGACCUUUGACAUGAUCAAGUCACUCCCAUACCUCGAGGCUGUCUUCAACGAAACUCUCCGCUACCACUCAACCUCAGGCAUCGGCCUCCCGCGUGAGAUCCCCCCGGGAUCCCCUGGCGUCACCAUCUGCGGUCACUACUUCCCCGCCGGCACAGUCCUCUCCGUCCCGACCUACACAAUUCACCACUCGAAGGAGAUCUGGGGCCCCGACGCCGACGAAUUUAAUCCCGAGCGCUGGUUCAACCUCACCGCUCGCCAGAAGGAGGCCUUCAUCCCAUUCUCGCACGGUCCGCGCUCCUGCGUCGGCCGCAACGUCGCCGAGAUGGAGAUGAAGUUGAUCGCCGCUACUUGGGGAAAUCGCUAUCAUCCUACGCUCCUCCAAGACGUGAUGGAGACGCGCGAGGGAUUCCUCCGCAAGCCUCUUGCUCUCAACAUCGAGUUCAAGCAGCGUCGCCGUGCUGUCGUCUAGGCGACUGGUGGCCUGUUUGACAAUUUACUGGCUCGAUCUACGCGUCUCUCCCGCGCUCUGUCGUCUUGACGGCUCGUGGCUGGUUUGACAAAAUUAUUGGCCAGUUUUUCGCAUUUUUCCGCGCCCCAUCAUUCCACCUCUGCACGUUUGGUCACUCUGUAAAAAGUUGAGAAGUAUCUGUAUUGGACCGAUGCACGCAGUGCACAGAG